CUUAACGCAAUCCUCUUUAGUCUUUUGCCAUUUCUAUACUCCAACUCCACACAUAAUUUUUCCACAAAAAAAGCAUAUAAUAAUACACAAAUUCCAAUAUAUUCCACACUGCAUAAAAACAAAUGUUGCAAAUUACAUGUUCUUUACAUGCAAAAUCCAAAGUAACAUCACAUAACCGCAUCACUAUCACACUAACUAUUUCACCACACCGUUCAAUUUUUCCAAACCACACGCUCAAACUAACGCCACCACCACACACCACCGCCAAUCGCCGAUCAAUGCCGACCGGCGAACUCCGCUACACAUCACCACCAAAAGCGACGGCGAACUCCGCCGUAAACUGCAAUUUCGAAGACGAAGGAUGGCUUUGGUCUCAAAUCAAAGCGGAAGCACGCCGCGACGCUGAAUCCGAACCGGCUCUAGCGAGUUACCUUUACUCAACGAUUCUCUCUCACUCGUCGCUUGAACGUUCACUUUCGUUUCACCUCGGUAACAAGCUUUGUUCCUCUACACUUCUUUCGACUUUGCUUUAUGAUCUUUUUCUCAAUGCUUUUGCUACCGAUCCUUCCUUGAGUUCUGCUGCUGUUGCUGACCUUCGUGCCGCUCGUGAACGUGAUCCUGCUUGUAUCUCUUACUCUCACUGUCUUCUCAAUUACAAGGGAUUCCUCGCUUGCCAGGCUCAGCGUGUGGCACAUCUGUUGUGGCGGCAGGCUCGGCGGCCAUUAGCGUUGGCGCUACAUUCUCGUGUUGCUGAUGUAUUUGCGGUGGAUAUUCAUCCGGCAGCAAGAAUUGGGAAAGGGGUUCUGUUCGACCAUGCCACAGGGGUGGUGGUGGGUGAGACUGCGGUGAUUGGAAAUAAUGUGUCGAUCCUGCAUCAUGUCACACUGGGUGGGACCGGAAAGGUUGGUGGGGAUCGCCAUCCCAAGAUUGGGGAUGGGGUUCUUAUUGGUGCUGGUGCCACCAUUCUGGGCAAUGUUAAGAUUGGGGAAGGUGCUAAGAUAGGUGCUGGGUCUGUUGUUUUGAUUGAUGUGCCGCCACAGACCACUGCUGUUGGGAACCCGGCAAGGUUGGUUGGUGGUAAGGAGAAGCCAUCCAAGCAUGAGGAUGUGCCUGGGGAGUCCAUGGACCAUACUUCCUUCAUGUCCGAGUGGUCUGAUUAUAUCAUUUGAAUUUCCAAGGUGAAACACUUGAAAUCAAACACUUCGAUUUUGGAAUUGCAUGGCAUAAGAACCAAAGUUGCUUUUCCUAUCUCAUGUGUUUUGCUGUUCUGGUUUUGUAAUUGAAUGACUGUAUUGAGAUUUUGUUGUGGCAAAUGGUCACUAAACUCUGUUAACAAGUGACACGUGUAAUUUAAAUGUAGUAAUAAUAAUAAUGAUAAGGCUAUGUUGAUUACUGAUAUGAAAA